AUGGCUCAAUAUCGAUUUGGCUCGAUAUCUCCGGUAGACGAAGCACCACCCGAGGUGCGCUUGGACAGCAGCGCGACCACCGGACUAUCGCUAGACAGAUCUUCAAGUGACGGUCAACUAGUUGCGUCUCCCACACCACACCGGGUGGGAAGCACCUCGUGGCUUCCCUUUACUCUUAGAUGGUACUACCUGGUCGUGCUAGCUAACCUCGGUCUAAUUCUGGGCUCCCUAAUCGUUUGGCUCAGCUGCCAAUCCAGGAAGAACCAUGGACUGGGCGAUAAUGACGGCUCGUCGAUGAUACUCUUCGGGUGGCGCUUCACUCCUACUCUCAUCGCCGUGCUUUACGCACAGAUGACUGUCAUAUUGUUUGAGGAUGUCAAAAGGACAGAGCCAUUUGCGCGACUUGCUAAAGCGCCGACGCAAGGCACAAGUGCAUAUGGUACCAUUCUCCAGACCCCAAGAGCAUGGUGGUCCAUCUUUAUGGACAUCUGUUUCUAUCGAAAGCGAAUUGGCAAAACCAGCUGGAGUUUGAUAUGCGCUGCACUCGUCAAUCUCGUUGCACUGCUAAUUAUAUCACCUCUUUCCUCGGCCCUACUCACAACUGAGGAAGCCAUUAUUCCUGGACCUAUCGAAUUCACGAGACUUGUACCUAAAGACGCCGUCCAGCUUCCGGCAAUUGCGACUAGGGAUACUUACUUUCGGACAAUGGCUGCACUUAUGAGGAACGUGUCAACGUCAGUCUGGGUCACCGAUACCUCCUUAACGCUCCCGUUUUGGCCAUCGUCGGAGCCGGCUCAAUUCGGUCCCAAACUGACAUCUACAUACAGUGCAUGGAAUGCAGAAACUACCACAUUACGGUCAAAUUAUAUUUGCCACGAUAUGAAACUCGAAAGUGCAGGCUUGAGCGAGGAGCGGUACUCAGAUGUAUAUUCGGUACAGCAACACGGACCCUACAAGGGAACGCAACCUAUGGUCACUUUCGUACUGGACUCCGAUCAAGGGUGCAGAUACGAGUUGAAGAUACACCCCUUUUCCGACCUCGCUUACAAUGGAGGCAUGACAUGGUCCAAUGCGACUACUUUUUUCCCUACUACUCUUGGCCGAGUACUCGCUUUUGGUGGCAGAGUCAUCGCGCCUAAUGUUACUUCCACGCACGUAUACGCACGGGUCAACGCUACGCAAGAAUGCAAUAACCACGACAUUAUUCUCAUGAACACUCCGUGGACCGCCUCUUUGAAUGCUACGGAGAUUGGUCCAUUCAUUUCCGACAACAUGACGUACGAGCGCUCAUCCGAAUUUCGUAUGCGAGGCAUGCUGUGCAGUUCCCAGUACUCUAUGUCUACAAAUAUUACAAGUGUCACUAGUUCUGGAAGCCCAGACCACUACCUCAACGCAAGCUCUGAAUUCGAAUCGAGUAGCCAGGGACUUCCUGACAACCUGGUUGACGUUUCCAUCUUCCAGGCAACAAGCAUGCAAGACAACUGGAGAACAUACUUCGAUUCAAGUAGCAUGGAAACCGAUGCCGACAGGGCUGGAGGGUCGGCUCCGGGUACCCCAGCGGAGGCCGGAAAGCUGCCAGGAUAUUCUGGGAUGGCGCCCAUGCUUGCCGCACUCUCAGGUUUCAAUCUGACCGCCUUGAUCAACGACCCCAAUAUCACUCAGACUGCAGCAAAAGUCAAGGGACGGUUCUUUACUGAGACGAUACGUGAGGUGUUCGAUUUACCUGACUUUGUUCAAGCAGAGAAAUUCCAAGGAACAGCUACAGUCGUUCAAGAAAGGGUGGUUGUUUUGACCGAAAUUGGAUUUACACUAGCGGCAUUAUUCUACGCUUCAGCUGUGUUUCUCGCUGUGCUACUUUGGGUGUCUCGCUUACCCCACCGACCGCUCAAUCUUCACUCGGAUCCUUCUAGUAUCGUUGGUCUAAGUCUUCUGCUACAGUCUCGCCUGGUUCGAACCGCUACCUUAAGAAACUUACACGCCGCAUCAAGGAGCGACUUCUACAACUCGUUACGAAGGGAGAAUUACUUGAUGUCGGACCGAUAUCUAAUCCAAAGUAGCGUACAACCCACAUCCAUCCCACCACUCAUCAAAGCGAGAUCUGAUUGGAGACCGCGUGUGAUCCACGUACGGAUGCUUCUCGCUUUAAGUGUUUUACUUACGUCAAUCAUGGCCGCGAUUUUGACUCUGAACGCCUUCUCCGCGCAGUCACUACUAUCUCAGGUCGGCUUUACCUACGAGGCUGACAUCUCAAAGCUGAAUCUUAGCUUCCCGACAUUUGCACCUAUUUCCAUCGCACCGACUGUUGCUAGUAUCGUGAUCGGACUCUGGUGGGACCAGCUAGACAUGACAUUUAGGACACUCCAGCCCUAUAUAUCAAUGUCUCAAGGCCCGACGCCAGUUAGUACUGGAGCAGGAUUAACGUACAAGUCUAAGACUUGGGUCGGUGCAGCCUUUAAAGCUGCGCGCUUCCGGCAUUGGGUCCUUUUCAUGGUUGCCGUUGGCUCUGUUCUGGCCCAGGUUCUUACUGUCUCCAUGUCUGCUUUGUUCGAGAGGAGAUCUACGAACACUACAAAGCAGGUAAAGCUGCUCCAGAAUCUGGAAAUUCGCAAUGAUGCAUUGGUAUCAGAAAUAAAAAUACACCUAGGCGACGUGCCGUACAGCGUUUCCCAAAGUGUUUUGGACGAGUUGUAUCUUGACGCUCGUAAGAACUGGCUAUACGGGGCAGGGAUACAACAAUCAUUCAACGGCUCCCAACUGCCCUGGUCAUCAGGGGGUUGGAGCUUUUUACCGGUCGAUUUGUCGCAUAUUUCAAACACUACAGAUUCACAACCCCUACAGGACACCUACAGCAGUCCAGCAAUCGCCUCGACUAACGUAAGCCUUCAAGUACCUGCUAUCCGCGCACGACUGGAAUGCAACUCCAUCGAGGAAAUCUCCAACGUAUCAUCAUGGCUCGAGCCUGCCAACCUUACUAGAGGCGAGAGUAUACUGCCAGAGGACAUUGCACGGCUUGAGAGUACGGGGGGGCUUCAGCUUUACACGUUGUCAAUCGGUAUCUUUGAGAACAGCUCGUCCGCGACUCCAACCUUCUCACCACCAACUUAUGAACCGUGCUGCGCCAAUGGAACUAUUGAGCAACCGCAUCAGAGUGUCAUAGGCUACUGGUCUGCUGUUGGAGCCCGACCUCCGUACGACGAACAUGUUUCGUGGCCGCUCUCUGUUGUUCCAAAAUGGAUCGUCGGGAAGCCCAUCAGUAUCGAAAACUUCAACGGACACAAAAACCUAUAUUUCAGAGAAGAACCUCGAAUGCAGGCUGCCAAUUGUCAACCAAUAAUCGAGACUACAGGAGCUACCAUAGGUGUAGAUGCUGAGUCUGGGGCUAUUCUUUCCUGGAAAGUUGAAGGUCCGGUAGAGCCGAUGAACCUUGCAUGGUCCGAUGCUUUCACGCGGCAUGAGAUCCCUGGCCACACCCCAGCAUUCGUCAACAAGUCUUACAAAGGGCCAAUGAACAUUACCACAUCUUUCGGUAUACUUUUUCUGGGCUCAAUAUUAGGGUCUGCAAACCGAAAUUUUGAUGACAAUGCCUUUGUGUUUCGAGACAAAGAGCGUGGCAUCGACAUAGACCUCAUGACCAAUACAAUGUAUGCUAUGGCCGGCAAAGAUGCGGAAGCACUACUCGACUAUACAACCUUUACAGAGUUGGCCGACCGCACAUUCCAGAUGUUCUUCCAGCAGUUUGUCAAUAGCGGGUUGUCAUUGGCGGAGGGCGGCUUCACGUACCAACCGGUGAACGACAAAACCAUGGAAAAUCUUACCCGACCAAUCGACGCAAAUGGCACAGUCAUAUUGAAACGUGAGAGUGUCCCGUCACGGAGUAUCUCGGCGUCAGUGUCGACCCGCAUCCGCGUUCUACAUAUGAACACCGUUGCAACAUACCUGUCGGCCGCAAUACUCACAUGGCUCACGGGCACAACCUUCAUCAUCAUAUGUUUACAGCGGAAGUAUACAAGCUCAAUGCUCCGCGAUGUACAGCUCAUCGCCGAUAUGCUGGUUCUCGUAGGCGGCAGCGACAACUUCUUAGAGUUGGUGCAAGAGCGCGGCGUCUCACUGAAGAAAGAUAGGGAAGUUCAAACAAUGCUGGGUUGGUUCAAAGACAGGGACGGCGAGGUUCGUUGGGGAAUCGAAGUGGUUGGUGGAAGAGAUCCAGUUCAAUGGGUGGACGCCCCAGAAACAGGCAAUCAUAUCCGAGAGAAAGGCCCGCGGAAAGCUAGAUGGUUACUUUCGUGGAGGAAAAACUAG